AUGAAAUUUCGAAAGAAAAAGUCAUUGAAAUUGCUCUUAAAUACUGAAAUUCUUUGUUACUUUUUUAAAAAAAAAAUACAUAUUUUUAAAUUUAAAUCUUUAGUGCAAAUAUAGCAUUCAAAUACAUCCUUAAAUUAAAAAAAAAUAGCUAGGUUAAGUAAGGGUCAAGAAUGAAAGCUCCAUUCCUGUCUAAACAAUCCCUUUCCCUCCAAAGUACGCCUGUUUUACUGAUUUUUUUUUUAUUUUUUCUUUUUGGGAGAAAUCACUGUUGUUGACAGGAGAGUAGAGACAUCACCAUUUCCGAAUAUUGUUUGAGAGGUCUAUGGCGGGAACCAUCCAAUCCCUAAUUUUGACCACUCCGUCCAUCGUGACCAGGCCAUUUCCUCGCCGGAAAGCUUGCCCUAUCAUCAGCCGCUCUCUCAGAAUCAGUCCUAGCCGUUCCAUUUCAACAAUUAUCAGAUGCUGCAAACCGUCCGAUGAGACUCAUGGUUCAGGUUUGGCUAAUGGAUUAAAUUGGACAAAACCUUUGCUGAAUUUUGCGGCUGAUAAUUUUCUUCCCUUAGCACUUGUUGGUGGAGUAGCAUUUGGACUUGCAAAUCCUACGCUUGGCUGUCUUGCGGAUAAAUAUUAUCUGUCAAAAUUUAGCACAUUCGCAAUAUUUAUUAUCUCAGGUUUGACUCUGCACAGUGAUGCAAUUGGUGGUGCUGCCAAAGCAUGGCCUGUAGGAGUUUUUGGGCUAUGCUCCAUCCUAUUGUUUACUCCAUACUUUUCAAGGGUGGUACUGCAAAUUGAGCUUCAACCUCAAGAGUUUGUAACAGGACUGGCUAUAUUUAACUGUAUGCCAACAACAUUAUCAAGUGGAGUUGCACUUACUCAGCUUGCAGGGGGGAACUCUGCACUUGCUCUUGCAAUGACAGUGAUAUCUAAUAUGUUGGGAAUUUUAAUUAUUCCAUUUUCCAUCUCCAAAUUCAUAGCUGUUGGAGUUGGUGUGUCUGUCCCAACUUCACAACUGCUUAGAAGUCUUGUUUUCACACUUUUGGUUCCUUUGAUAUUGGGGAAGGUUUUACGAGAAUCCUUCAAAGGAUUGGCAAACUUCGUUGACCAUAACCGUAAGCUAUUUUCAAAGAUCAGUGCAGUCUUCCUUAGCUUAGUGCCAUGGAUGCAAGUGAGCAGGUCAAGGUCGCUACUUCUGAUGGUUAAACCUGCAGUUUUUAUUGUAGCUAUUGGAAUGGGAACGCUUUUACACCUCAUUCUGUUAGCUUUUAAUGCUCUUGCUCUAAGGAGCCUCUCAGCCGUCUCUGGCGGUAGUAAAUCAAUUUUUGCCAAGAAAGAAAAUGCCCAAGCAGCUUUGCUUGUUGCAAGCCAGAAAACUCUGCCGGUGAUGGUCGCAGUUGUGGAGCAGCUUGGUGGUGCAUUUGGUGAAUCUGGUUUACUGGUUCUACCAUGUGUUUCCGCACAUUUGAUUCAGAUUAUCUUGGACUCUUUCCUUGUUAACCUGUGGCUUCGGAAAGAUCGCUCGUCUAACACUUCCAAGGUAGCCUGAGAAUCAAACACCCUUAAUGAUCCUUUGAAGCGAUAUUCGUUCUUUAUGGACACAACAAUUUUUUUAUGAUUGUCAUUGAUUCAAAUUAAACUCUGAGAAUUACUGCCAAAGUCUUUUCUCAGCUAUCGAAAUCUUCCGUAUCUGGAUCAGUGUAGCCCAAUAAAAAAAAAAAAUUUCAGUGGGUCAUAUUUCAAUUUUCUAUAUGUAAACAUGAUGUUUUAUAUU